AACUUCUUCCAUUUGGUUUCACUCUGCAACUCCCCACAUAUACAUAUAUAUCACCUGUAUCUAUACCUCUCUCCUCUGUCUCCACACACACACACACACACACACACACUUAUAUUUUCUUCACCAACUCCUCUCAACUUUCAUCUCUCCUGACCUGAUUCAUUUCAUCAUUUAUAACAAGAUUCAACUGCAAUACAUCUGUUACUGUUCCGUUUAUCUUCAAAUUUCGUUGAAUUUUUCAACUUCAUUCUUUGAAUAUAUUUUGAAAUUCUUCGCGGUAGAAGUUCGCGUUGAUUCCAAGAGCACGAGAAACGAUUAUUGCAUCAGUUUUACGAUCUCCGGAGCUAGUUACAGAAUUGGGGAUUUUUGGCGGUAACUUGUUCGUUGAGAAAGAAGUUAUCGAAGAAUGGUGUUCUUGAGUAAAACAUUAUGUCAAUAGGUCUGGUUGAAGUGUUGAACAGCCACUUAGAUUGUUCAUGUCAUGAGAUUUGCCGUUUACAAUUCACAUUGUUUUGAAAAUUAGAAGCUGCGGAAUUGGGGGCUUUUGGCACUGAAUUAUUACUUGAAAAAGAGGAUAACAAAGAACCGUGUUGUUGCCAUUGAGACUGUUUACAUUGUGCUGAAUUUCACUAAUUGGAUUUUGGAUGCAUCUGAUGAGGCUUCAGUUUCAAAGUAUAGUGAAGCAUGUUCUGUUAAUUUGGUUAUUCUGGUGGCCUAUAAUUGAAUCACAAAUAUCUAAUCCUCAAUCAAAGCCUGCUAGGGCUCUUGAUGCAACUUUACAAGACUAUGCUUAUCGCGCAUUUGUUCAUCAUCCACGUACAGGCAUUCCCUAUGAUGGUACUGUCCCUUCUUAUUUGACCGGGAUUGAGAUAUCUGCAAUGAGGCUCAGAAGUGGUAGUUUAUUUCAUAGAGGUGUUGAACCAUUUAAGGAGUUCAAAAUUCCGGUUGGUUUGCAAGUGCAACCGUAUGUGGAGAGACUCGUUCUGGUGUAUCAAAAUUUAGGAAAUUGGUCCACAACAUAUUACUCUUUACCUGGUUACGUUUAUCUAGCUCCGGUAUUAGGUCUUCUUGCGUACAACGGUUCAGAUUUAUCCGCUCGUAAUCUACCGGAACUCGACUUGUGGGCUUCUCAUGAAGCCAUUACGAUCGACUUUGGACGAAUAAGCUCGAUACCCAUCGGUUCGGUUGCAAAGUGUGCUUGGUUUGAUCUACAUGGUCAGGUGAAUUUAACCAAUUUGGAAUCCGGGAAUGCGUGUUUGGCGACCGAACAGGGGCAUUUCUCGAUUGUCACUGAAUCAGCUGACACUCCUGAACCAGAACCAGAACCGCCUGCACCACCAGAAGCUCCUGCACCUAGUAGUAGAACGAACGACGACUCUAAGAAGUGGCGCUUUGUUGGGUUAGUAUCUGGAGGUAUCGUGUUGUUUGUGUUGUUGGUGUUGCUGAUAUUGUGCGCGUGGAGGUAUAGAAGGAGAAAAAGAAUGCGUGAACUGGAACGAGCUGCAGAUGCUGGUGAAGCGUUGAGGAUGAGACGAGUUGGGAACAUGACAGCUCCUUUUGCAAUGGAUACAAGAACGAUGCCAAAUCUUGAAGACAUCUUAGCUACUUGAUAUUGUUUAUAUGUUUACUAAUACCCGUGUUCAUAUAGGUCCGUGGUCAUUCGUUGUGUGCAUCUUGUAAGCUGUGUUGAUAAAGGAUAAACUUCUUUUAUGGGAACUGAAUAAGUGAAUAUAAUCUGAUAUUAAUUGUGUA